AUGGCUCAUGGAUUUGCGCCAUUUUUUAGUCGCCAUCAACGACGACAAGAACGUUGUUUCUGGUGUACGGUCGGUGGGAGUGGAGCUUUCAGGGCGGCUCCACGAAUCGUUCUUUCCUGUGGAGGAAGGUCAUUUUUGGUGACCUUUCCAGAAUGGUGCCAAAGAUCAUUGAACCAACUUCAAAAAGAAAUCGUCGACUUCCCGAUAGAGACAUGGCACCCAAGGGAAUUGGAACUUCAAAGCGAAUUCUGCCUGCAGGAUUUCAACAUGCGGUCGAUUCGGUCGAUUGCCGUCAGUAACGAAGACGGUCACGUGUUUAUUGUUGAUUGGAGCGACGAUUCGAUCAAGGAAUUCGGCGAGACUGGGGAAUUCGUCGUCCGAUGUCCCUUGAGGGACGAAAGAUUCUUACCCGUGGACAUUUGUUUUCUUUCUCAAGACAAUUUCGUUGUUUGUGGAAUAAAAUCAGAUGAAAUAAUAUCACUGAUAAAAUUCUUUCUUUUUCACAAACUCUCUCCUCCUCCCUCUUCUAAAUUUCAUUCCUCCCUCUCCCUUAAACUGUUUUUCUCUCUUUCUUUUCUCCACCAUCACCGACAAUUUCCCUCUCUCUAUAUUUGCUUAUUUUCAGAUUUCAUUUUUCCUGAACGAAAUCUACAAAUGGCUUCGUCGUCUUUGAGGAAUGAAAUAAAGGAAGCGAAAAAGCGGCUCGUCGUCUUGCAGGAAGAUGUCGAAGAUUUCGAAAAGCGGCCCCGUGAAAGGAUUGAACGGACGAAGAAAUCGAUUGAACAAUUAUCAAUCGAUUGCGAAUUGAACUGUUCAAAAGUCUGGCAGAAAAUUGAUGCGCUGAGAGAAGAGGCACGGAUGAAGGCCGAAGAAUUGUGUGACCAAACGAGACAAAAGAUGACCGAAAAACAGAGCAAAUGGCGCCAAUCCCUCGAGGAGAAAGAAGAGCUUUUGGAGGAGACGGAAAAAUGGCUCAUCGAUUUGUGCCAUUUGUUAGGCGACGGCAACGUCGACGAGGACAUUGUUUGUGGUGUAGAACCGCUGAGAGCGAAGCUUUCAUGGCGGCACCACAAAUCGUUUGCUCCUGUUGAGGAAGGUCAUUUUGUGGUGACCUUUCCAGAAUGGUGCCAGAGAUCAUUGGACCAACUUCAAAAAGAAAUGGUCGACUUCAGAGAUGGCCCUCCAAAGCGAAUUCCGCCUUCAGGAUUCGAACCUGGGGUCGAUUCAUUCGAUUGCCAUCAGCGACGAAGACGAUAUUUUCUUCCUCUUUUUCUUUCUUUCUUUUUUCUUUCUUUCUCUUUUUUCUCUCUCUUUUCUUUCUUUCUCUUUUUCUUUCUUUCGCUUUUUCUUUCUUUCUCUUUUUUCUUUCUUUCUCUUUUUCUUUCUUUCUCUUUUUCUUUCUCUUUUUCUUUCUUUCUCUUUUUCCUUUCUUUCUCUUUUCCUUUUUUUCUCUUUUUCUUUCUUUCUCUUUUUCUUUCUUUCUCUUUUUUUCUACAUUGUUUUACUUUUUCUUUAUAUUUGUAA